CUGGCGCGUCGUAACGACGUUAACCCGGAAAUCACAGACCGUUUUGAAUUCUUCAUCGGUGGUCGUGAAAUCGGUAAUGGCUUUAGCGAGCUGAAUGACGCGGAAGAUCAGGCGCAGCGCUUCCUGGAUCAGGUUGCCGCGAAAGACGCAGGUGACGACGAAGCGAUGUUCUACGACGAAGAUUACGUCACCGCACUGGAACACGGCUUACCGCCGACAGCAGGUCUGGGAAUUGGUAUCGACCGUAUGGUAAUGCUGUUCACCAACAGCCAUACCAUCCGCGACGUUAUUCUGUUCCCGGCGAUGCGUCCAGUAAAAUAA